GAAUGUAGGACGGACAAGUAGGGUGUUUAGAGAUGUUCUUCCUUAUAAAGGAACUGCAGUUUUCUACAAGACACUGACAAUCCAAGAUACUCCUGGAAAGGUUUGAAGUUUUGAAAAUACAACAAUAAGUAGGAAGAAGAAACAAUGAUCAGACUGCUGUACUACGUCUCAGGAGAAAAUGUUAGGGGCUUAUAGCUCAACCAUGGGACUUGUCAAACCAAGAUAAAUUAGGACUUCCUGCCUAUAAGUACAGAACAGCUGUCAACACAAGCAACUCUCAUUCGAUAACCGACUUGGCUGACAGCUACUUGUACUUAGUACUGCCUACAACAUCGACACCCGCCAAGAGCUCUCACGACAGCGCACGACACUGCACACUAGAGAGUCGACGGCGCUCAACAGUUCCAAACCAACUUCUCAAGGUCACUACACUACUCCGUACAUUAUAGUCGUCAAGGAUCAAGAAUUUUCCGAAUGAAGAAACAAUGAGGCUCCACAAAGUGGUAAAUAAGAUACAAAUGGGGCAAAUAACAAAUUCGAUAAUUUAGGAGGUCUAUUGUAAGUACAGGGCAUGGGACAAAACAGUUGCACCUUUCCAAAUCAACAAAAAACGGUGUUGCAAGCUUUUGAAUGGCGGAUUUAAAACGGAAGAAUUGUACUUGGUAGACUUCCAUCUCUGAUCAAUGGAAAGCGUAGACCUUUGCCGUUGGAAAGCAUUGAAAGUAAGGACACCGGGGUGGCGUUAAGGUCGGCGUUAAGCGGCCGAAUCGAUAUUCAUCCACGCUAGAGAAAUUUGCCAGUCGAGGGGUACAACUCGAACAGAAAUGAUCACCAACUCUGCGAUAUCACCGGAGAUCACAACAAAUUUGCAGCCCGGGAAGCCGUUGGACGCCAACAGGUAUGCCACGAAGAAGACCAUCGCCCAGGGGAUGCUCGACAUCGCCUUGCUCACUGCGAACGCAAGCCAGCUUAAAUAUAUCCUGCAAGUCGGAGAUAAGCACGAAUUCUAUUCACUCAUGCUCGGCCUCAUAACCACAUCGAUAAUUUUACAGGUCGGUAUGGGAGUCCUCUUUCUGUCACUGAAUCUGAUGAGGGAUUGUCGGCUCCACUUGAUCGAGUACAAGUAUUCAGCAAUGGUCAUCAACCACCUGGCCCUAGCCGGAUCUUUCGUGGUCACGGCGCUGAACCUACUUAUAUCCGCCUUUGAUCCCAGCCUGGGACGGCUCGUGCCUGUGAAUACUGAACUCGUUAAGAAAUAGAAAAACCAAUAUGUGCGUGGGAAUCCUCUUCUUGAUCAUUGGUGGCCUGGACAUCAACCACAUCAGCGACCAUCUCCCCGCGGUAAUCCUCAAUGACAUA